UGAUAUCCUAUCGUUGUCGCAUGGGAUCAAAUUGGCACAUCACAAACACAAAAACCUUAUCAAACGAAGACAUAAGGGUAAGGUGAAAAUGGGCUUAUCUUCUUGUGGGAAUUAGACCCAUUUCAGCUGCGGAGAAGAAGAAACAGAGCUUUGAAACCAACAACAAUGGCGGCCCUGGGUUGCCAAUUUCCCUUUACAGUGUAUAGAAACUCAGAGAGAAAGAGACCCAACUCUUCAAUUCUCUGCUCGGUUCAACCAUCUCAGAGUCAGAGCAAUAUCAAGGUAAUUAUAAAUGGAGCAGCAAAGGAAAUUGGAAGAGCUGCAGUUAUUGCAGUGACAAAGGCAAGAGGAAUGGAGGUUGCUGGUGCUGUUGAUUCACACUCUGUAGGAGAAGACAUUGGAAAGGUGUGUGACAUGGAAGAACCUCUGGAAAUACCCAUAUUAAAUGAUCUCACCAUGGUUUUAGGCUCAAUAUCUCAGUCAAAGGCAACAGGAGUUGUUGUUGAUUUUACCGAACCUUCUAAAGUAUAUGAGAAUGUGAAGCAGGCAGCUGCAUUUGGCAUGAGAAGUGUGGUUUAUGUGCCCAGAUUAGAAGUGGACACAGUGGCUGCAUUAUCCAACUUCUGUGAGAAAGCUAGCAUGGGUUGUCUUGUCGCCCCAACUCUGUCCAUUGGUUCUAUUCUUCUCCAGCAAGCUGCAAUUUCAGCUUCAUUCCAUUACAGCAAUGUAGAGAUUGUGGAAUCCAGAGAGAAUGCACAGGAUCUGCCAUCUUCAGAUGCAGCCCAAAUAGCCAACAACCUCUCAAACUUGGGCCAGAUCUACAACAGAGAAGAUAUUUCAACAGAAGUUGUGGCAAGGGGUCAAGUUGUUGGAGAAGAUGGAGUUCGAGUUCACAGCCUAGUCCUUCCAGGACUUCCUUCCAGCACCAAUGUCUACUUCUCUCGCCCGGGAGAGGUUUACACUCUCAAACAUGAUAUCAUAAAUGUGCAAUGCCUCAUGCCUGGCUUGUUAUUGGCAAUUAGAAAGGUGGUGCGCCUUAAGGUACCUCAACACACGACAAUAUAUACAUCUUCAAUUUUCUUGAAUAAUCUUAUUCAUCCAGUAUUGAAAAUGUCAGACUGUUUCCUUUCUUUGCUUCUGUGUCAGAGUUUGGUGUACGGCUUGGAGAAAUUUUUGUGAAGCUUCAACCCAUUAGCCCAAUCUCUGCUAUUCAUUCGACAGAGCGACCAUCUCAGCCUGUUUACAAAAAGGAAAGUUAGGAGCUCAAGCCAGAGAGAGAUUUGAAAGAAAAUUUUUGUUUUUCAUUUUCCUUUGUGUACAUGGAAAACUUAAAAUUAUUUAGUUCUUCAAGAGGGGUUAUAGUCCAAUGUUUUUUA